AUUGACCAGGAAAGCCUUGAUCUGAUCAUUGAGCUCCAAUUGCAGGAUGCCCAAAAUCUCAUCAAGGGCAAGUAUCGCGAGGGCGAGGCGCCCGACUUCGAGCUGGCGCUUGAGUGCUUCAACGAGGAGCUCGAGUCGCUUCACACCGUGCUUCACGACCGAGCCAUGACUCGCAGUGUGGCUCGUGCGGUAGUCACAGAUGCCGACAUCAUCAGGGAACUCGUCCACCAAGAGGAGCAGGCAGCACGCGACAGGGAGCUUGCGCUCAACGGCUUCAAUGCGGAUGGCUUCCAUGAGGACGUGUUCCCUCAAGCUCGGGAAUGGACGGACAUGGAUCCCAUGGAUGGAAUCAUGUCCGACGAAAUGACCGACAAACUCAUCAUAUUGUUCAAUGGCGGCGGCGAGCCCUCGUCUAUUGCCGAGUCGUCCAAGAGGGGCAACCAGGCGCGACCAGCGACGGGAACCGGCCAGCGGCGUCGCUGUAUCGUAUGUAGCGAAGAUUUUCCAUUCGUGGACACGCUGCGAUGCCCUUGUUCUCAUGACUAUUGCCGAGGAUGCCUGUCGGACUACGUUAGCAAAGCAGUCAACGACGAGUCCAUAUUCCCUCCUCGAUGCUGCGGCCAGCCAAUACCCAUCGACGGCGUCAACCAGAUCUUCAUACCGGCACACUUGAUCGGCAAGUAUCGGGCCAAGGAGCUCGAGUUCAAUUCGGCAAACAGAACGUACUGCCACGUUCCGACCUGCUCAGCGUUUAUCCCGGCGCAGUUUAUCAAAGACGAAGUGGCCACAUGCAUCAAAUGCCGGAGCAAGACGUGUGUGAUUUGCAAAGACGCAUCGCAUGUGGGAGAUUGUCCCAAAGACACAGCAACGGCCAACGUUCUUCGUGUCGCAGCAGACAAUGGCUGGAGACGGUGCUACAGUUGCCGCCGAGUCGUCUCGCUGUCACACGGGUGCAACCAUAUAUACUGUUACUGCAGAGCUCAGUUCUGUUACACGUGCGGCAAACGUUGGAAAACGUGCGGAUGUGAGCUGUGGAGUGAGGAUAUGCUGGUUGCUCGC